AUGGCCGGUAACUUCCAACCAGCAGAACUCCGCCUAUGGUCCAAUAACGUCAGAGGCCUGAACGUGCCGGAGCGGCGCUCUCAUCUCCUGCGCACCCUAUGGACAGCACGCGCGUCUAUUGCAUUUAUUCAGGAGACGCACUUCCAAUGGCGUAAUGCACCGGCGCUUCGGGACUCCCGCUUCCCCACUGGGUACUUCGCCAACCACCCACAUGCCAAGAAGGCCGGGGUGGCAGUCCUCAUUGCCCGCACAGUACCCUUCCUGAGCCACGCAGCACUAGCAGACCCAGGAGGCCAUUACAUUUUCGUGAAAGGCACGAUCGCCGGACACCUCUGCACCCUGGCGUGUGUUUAUGCACCCAAUACGGCGCAACAUACAUUUCUGACGCGCACGCUACACACCUUGGAACGCUUUAGGGAGGGCCUACUGAUCCUUGCAGGGGAUCUUAACCUACCAUUAGAUCCGCGCCUUGACACAUCCCUAAGAACCAGCUCAUUACCAACCUCCUACCAAUGUAAAGCUCUUACGGCUCUCCGCAAUUCAGGGCUGGCAGACUCGUGGCGGGUGGCUCACCCAACAGAAAGGGAUUACUCAUACUACUCCACAAUACACAACCGCUACAGCAGAUUAGACUAUAUCUUCCUCCCCUUUGAAUACCUCACGCUCCUGCAAUCCAGCGAGAUCAGAACGGCCACCUGGUCAGACCACACGCCGGUCCUGACCAGCAUCGCCUCCCCGUUAUACAAACCGAAGGAACUACAGUGGAGGCUCAACGAGCAAGUUCUGGAGGAGCCGGGAGCGUCCAUGGAGAUGAGGGAAGCGCUGCAACGGUACUUUGAGGAGAACUCCACCCCAGAAGUGGAACCUCUGACAGUAUGGGAGGCUCACAAAUGCAUGGUCCGAGGUCACCUCAUACGCUUCUGCACCCAUAGGAAAAAGACCCGGCAGCAACAGACCAGGCGGCUCGCACAACAAGUGGCAACACUUGAAAACCUCAAUAAGACUACCCUAUCGGAAGACACCUACAAAGAACUUUUGGAAGCCCGAAGGAACCUCUGA